AUGUUUCACCAAAUGCUUUUGAAGCCAUUAUUGACUAUUAGUAAGAAUACAGGAACAUUAGAAGUAAUUGAUUAUUUACUGGCAGCAGAUGCAUUAUGGCUUAAUUAUCUGAUAGAACAUUUACAAAUUUAUUUGAUAGAGCAUAGAAAAGAUUGGAUCAAAGAUAAUUUCACUAUAAUUUUUCAACUAAUUCAUUCAAAUCCAACAACAUUCAAGAAACUACAAAAUUAUUCAUAUCAGGAAUUAUAUAAUAGUCCACAAUUAAUCUUUGAUUCGCCUAAAUUUGUCACGCUGGAUGAACGAUUAAUUUUGUUAUUGUUGAAUGAUGAUAAUUUGGUGAUUGAUCAACUUAAAUUAUGGAAAAAAUUAUUAGAAUGGGGAGUUCAUCAAAAUAAUAAUAUUAAUCAUGAUGCUGUUGGUGUAAUUAGUAAUAACGUUAAUGAUAAACUUAAAUUGGAUUUGUCAAAAGAUGAUUUCUUGGCAUUAAAAAAAAGAUUAGAGAAUUUGAUUCCAUUAAUUAAAUUUAACAAAAUAAAAUAUGAAGAUUUUCAGAAUAAUGUCAUGCCUUACAAAUUCUUAUUUCAAUUGGAGAUUUAUAAUGAUAUCGAAAACUAUUAUCAUCAUAUUUUAAAGAACGUUUCUUCCAUCAACAACUACGAAGAUGAUCUUUCUCUGAAUAGAAGUAAAUUAUUACAUCUUUCAAAAUUAAGUUUAUCAAAACGUAACAAAAAAUCUCUCUCUAUUACAACAAAUGGCACAAAUAUCAAACCAUCUUCUUCUAAUAGUACGUCAUCAUCUUCAAAUAAAUCACUUCCUAUUAUUAGAACUAAUCAAAAUAAUAAUCAAAAUAAUAAUCAAAAUAACAAUCAAAAUAAUGCCAAGACUUUUGCCACAUUAUUCAAUAAUUCUAUACAAAGAUUUACAAAAAGUGAUGAUGUAAAAUUAAAAUCUUCAAAAGCAAGAAUAUAUCAAUCCGCUAUAUCAAUUUCGCCGCCAAUUUCUGUUUCUUCCACAGUAAAUUUCCAUAACAUGAAGUUAAUAUCAACUUCAAAUACUCUUGAUCAAUCACAUCCAUUAUCACCUAGUAGUAUACCUCAUUCACCACAAUCACAGCAAUUAUCUUUUAAUGAUAGUAUUAGUAGACCUAAUCCACCACAAUUACCGCCAUUCUUUUCUAUUGAUAGUAUAACGUUAGCAAAAUAUGCAAUAAAUAAUCAUAUUUCUAAUGGCCCAUCGUUUGGUACAACUGAUAUAAUAAUCAAAAAUAAUUUGUGCAGAUGUUUAAUGGAAUGUUACACCUAUGGAGUUUUACCGGAUGAAUUGAUUAAGAAUAAACUUGAUUUUGAAAUUGAGGAAUAUGAAGUUUAUUUAAUAAAGAAUAAAAUCUAG